AAGGGUGUAGCGGCAAGGAAAAUGUCAGUCAAAGCUCCCCAAAGAAAAUAUGAUGUUUUUGUUAGCUUCAGGGGCGAGGACAUUGGCCAUGGCUUUCUCGGCCAUUUGAUUGAUGCUUUUCGUCGAAAGCAAAUAUUUGCCUUUGUAGAUGAUAAACUUGAAAGAGGAGAUGAUAUAUCAUCAUCACUUUUUGGAGCAAUCGAAACAUCAUUAAUUUCAUUGAUCAUAUUCUCAGAAGACUAUGCUUCUUCACAUUGGUGUCUGGAAGAACUUGAGAAAAUAGUUGAGUGCAGAGAUAAAUAUGGACAGACUGUAAUACCUAUUUUCUACAAUGUAGAUCCCACAAUUGUAAGGCAUCAAAAGGAGAGUUAUGGAAAUGCGCUUGCUAAACAUGAAGAAAAGUAUAAUUUGAAAAGGGUGCAAACAUGGAGAGAUGCUUUGCACAAAUCUGCAAAUUUAUCUGGAAUUAAGUCAUCGGAUUUUCGGGAUGAUGUCCAGCUGCGCGAUGAAAUCAUCAAAACCGUCAAUCAUCAAUUAAUGAUGAGGUUAAAUAAGCAGCCAAUUCAGUCAAAAGGACUUGUUGGAAUUGGCAAAGGAACUGCACAUUUAGAACCUUUGUUACGUCAAGAUUCAAAAGACGUGCGUGUUAUUGGAAUUUGGGGUAUGGGUGGUAUUGGUAAGACAACCAUUGCACAAGAAGUUUUUAACAAACUAAGUUCUGAAUAUGAAGGUUGUUGUUUUUUGGCAAAUGUAAGAGAAGAAUCAACAAGAGGUAGAAUCAGUUCCUUAAAAGAGAAACUUUUUUCUACACUAUUAGCGGAAGAUGUGAAAUUUAACACACAAAAUGAAUUGCCCGGUUAUGUGAUGAUGAGGCUUGGUCGUAUGAAAGUUCUCAUUGUUCUAGAUGAUGUCAAUGAUCCAGAUCAACUAGAAACUUUAGUUGGAUAUCAUGAUAGCUUUGGAUUAGGUAGUAGAAUCAUUGUAACAAGUAGAGAUAAGCAAGUGUUUGUUAAAGAAGUUGAUGAUAUAUAUGAGGUAGGGGCAUUGGACUUUGAUGAAGCACUUCAGCUUUUUACUUUGAAUGCCUUCAAACAAAAUCAUCUUGAAAUGGAGUACUAUGAGCUAUCAAAGAAGGUGGUCAAUUAUGCCAAAGGCAUUCCAUUAGUUCUUAAAGUUUUGGGUCAUCUUCUUUGUGGAAAAGGUAAGGAAGUAUGGGAAAGUGAGCUAGACAAACUUGAAAAGAUGCCAAAUAAGAAAGUUUAUGCUGUGAUGAAACUGAGUUAUGAUGAUCUAGAUCGCAAAGAGCGAAAGAUGUUUUUAGAUCUUGCAUGUUUCUUUAGUGUAUUGAAUUUGAAAGUGGGCUACAUAAAACUUUUAUUGAAAGAUCAUGAAAGUGAUAAUUCAGUGGCUGUUGGUUUAGAAAGAUUGAAAGACAAAGCUCUUAUAAUUAUUUCUGAAGAUAAUGUCAUCUCUGUGCAUGAUAUUAUACAAGAAAUGGCUUGGGAGAUUGUUUGCCAGGAAUCUAGUGAAGACCUUGGAAGCCGCAGUCAUUUGGGGGAUGCUAAUGACAUUUAUGAACUAUUAAAAUAUGACAAGGGGAGUAUGGCUAUUAGAAGUAUAAGGGCGUCGUUCUCAGGAGGCAGAAAGCUCAUGUUGAGCCCUCACGUAUUCACUAAGAUGAGCAAACUACAAUUUCUGCAUUUUUUUGUCAGAUAUGAACAAGAUUUCUUGGAUGCUCUUCAUCAAGGGCUUCAGUCUUUGCCAACUGAACUAAGAUAUCUUCGUUGGACGAGAUAUCCUCUGAAAUCCUUGCCAAUGAAAUUUUCUGCAGAAAAACUUGUUAUGUUGGACUUAUCAAGCAGUAGACUGGAAAAACUUUGGGAUGGAGUACAGAAUCUGGUGAAUUUGAAAGAAGUUAUACUCAGGCGUUCCUAUUUUCUGAAGGAGCUGCCAGACUUUUCAAAAGCCACAAGUCUUGAAGUACUGGAUAUCGCUUCUUGUGAAAUGUUGAUUAGCGUGCAUAUUUUCUCUCUAGACAAACUUGAGAAAAUGGAUGCAAGUGGCUGCACUUCCCUUAUCAGACUUACAAGCGAUACCCAUGCAAGCUCUCUCAACUAUCUCAACCUUGGAAACUGCAAAAGUUUAAGGGAAUUCUCAGUGACAUCAGAGAAUAUCAUAAAACUAAAUUUAGAAUUCACCCGUUUGGAUGCAUUGCCCUCAUCUUUUGGACAUCAAAGCAGGCUUGAAAUCCUAGACCUUGCAUGCUGUGACGUUGAGAGCUUGCCUUCAUCCAUAAAAAAUCUUACAAGACUGCAACAUCUAUGCAUACAUGAUUGUUUGAAGCUUCGGACUCUACCUGAGCUUCCCCCCUCCCUUGAAACUCUAUUUGUCAAAGAGUGCACGUCACUAGAGACUGUAUUGUUCCCUUCAACAAUCACUGAACAAUUCAAUGAAAUUAGGAGAAGGGUUCAUUUCGGGAAUUGCUCCAACUUAGUUGAACAUUCUCUCAUGGCUAUUGAGUUGAAUGCGCAAAUUAACGUGAUGAAUUUGGCACACCAACAUAUAUCCAUGUCAGACCACAAUUUUGUUGAAAAUUACGGUGAAGAUGCAACGUACAUGUACAUGUAUCCAGGAAGUAGAGUUCCAGAGUGGUUGGAGUAUAAGACGACAAUUGAUUAUGUAAAUAUUGAUCUCUCUUCUGCUCCACCCUCCCCUCAAUUAGACUUCAUUUUCUGCUUCAUCAUCGGAGAGAAACAAUCAAUUGAGUCAUUGAAAUUUAUACUCAUUGUCAAUGAUGGUGAGGAUGAAGGUAACUUGGGCAGAGUCGAUAUGAACAUGUCUAAGCAAUCCGGCUUCACUGACUCUGAUUGUGUGUGUGUGAUGUACGACCAGUGUUGUUCCUACUACCUAAAUAUCAUUGCCAAAAGACUGACCAGGUUAAAGAUCAAGGUUACAGCAAGAUCAGAAACAAAAUAUAACCGGAUUGCGUUAAAAGGGUAUGGGGGAUAUCGAGCUACUAGCUUGUCACAAGCAGGUUCACCCCCCGAUUCAACAGAGGUUGUUUCAGUUUCUACCUCUGUAAAAAAUGACGCCAUGAAAACCUAG